AUGGAUACAGACGGCCAACUAAUCGAACUCGUGGAGCAAUUUUCUUUCAUAUAUGAUAAGAAACACGUUGAUUUUAAAAAUAAAUUGGUCAAAGAAAAUGCCUGGCAAUCGAUUUCGGAGAUUAUGCUUGAUACAGCUGAAAGUGUAGCUGCCAGGUGGACUAUCUUGAGAAAUCGGUAUGCCACUGAAAAAAGAAGAGAAAGAAGUAUACCUUCAGGAUCAGGGGCAUAUAAUACAUGGCAUCUUUUCAAAGAGAUGCAAUUCUUGGAUGAAUUUUAUAACCCAAGAAGGACUCUGGGCAAUGUCUCUGCCACUGCUUGGUCGAAUUCUGAUGGACAAUCCCAGCAGUUAUCCCAGCAAUCCUCACAGUUAUCCCAACAAUCCUCACAGUUAUCCCAACAAUCCUCACACCAAUCAACCCAGCAAUCCUCACUCUGGAAUGACCAAAUAAUCAUCGAAGAUGAUGCCAUGGAAGCAGCAACAGCAGGCCCAUCCACCAACACAUCAUGUACUGAUGUACCUGUUUCAAGGAAAGCACUGGAGGAACACAAUAGUAAUAUAAAAACCUUGAGAGGAAAAAGGAAUAAAUACAAAGCAUUCGAAGAAACAGUAAUAAAGGCAUUUGAUCAAAUUGGUACUUACCUUCAAACACCUGAAGUGAUGGAGGAUGAGGAUAUGCUUUUCGCCAAGUCUGUUGGCAAGUCUUUACAGACCAUAAUCAACAAAAAGGACAAAGCAUCAAGAGCCAAAAUUGAGAUUUUGGAAGUAAUUGAAAAGUAUUCAGACUGA